AUGGAGGCAGAAGCGGAGAUUGAAGCGUUGCAAUCAAUCUUUGGAGACGACAUUACUGUUGAAGCAAACAGUGACCGUUCAGUAACAGUAGUUCGUAGAAAAGUUCGCCCGAACGGCGAAGAGGGUGUAUCGUCCGCUUCGGUUGUUGCCGAAUUCGAGUUGAGCUUGGAGUAUCCUGAAGUAUCACCUACAGUUCGCCUUCUGAACCCGCGGGGAAUUUCUGAGCAGUCGCACCAGCGACUGAUUGAAGAAGUUCGUCAACUUCUCUCUGAAAAUAUUGGAAUGCCUAUUAUUUACGACAUUCUACAGCACUGUGCUGACUUCAUCUUGGAACAUCAACACUCGUCUUCACUUCCUUGUCCAAUCUGUCUGUGUCCAAUGACAUCCACCAGCAUUUUUGGGACUCCGUGCGAUCACUAUGUCCACAGCGAAUGCUAUGAACUAUAUGUGGAAUACACUCGAAAAAUUCUUGGUGAUAAAUUAUUAGCCAGAGACUUCAAAAUGUGCAACGACCUCGACAGAUCACUCCGGUGUCCAGUUUGUCGCGAAGUGAUUCAAGAAGAAAUCGAGCCUCUACUGCAGCCCUCGCCUCCACCUAGGCGGAAAAACAACUCCAGUUUGGAUGGAAGCAAGACUACACCUUGCGAUCUCUUUCAUCAAGGAUCGGAAUGCGACUUCGAUUUCGACUGGAAACGGUGGCGUGAACAGCAAGAAUCUCUCAUGAAAAUCUACCAGCGACAAAAAGAGAAAGGUGGCAUAAUUGAUUUAGAAGAAGAACGGAAGAAGAACCUCAUAACGGAAGACACGGUGGUCGUAUUGGGCAGUGAGAUGGGAAAUCUGGAUGUGGAUCAGCUCUCUACAGGCGAGCCUGGACAACCACCGGAAUUUCCUGUUACGCAAAAUGCAGAUGUGGAUCUUCCCCCGAGUCUUGCGAACACUCUCCAAGCCAAUGCAACAUCCAAUACGUUUCGAAGAUAUCAAGAGGAAAACAUUUGUCGUUGUCGCGGUGGAGGCGGAGGCAGACGGACAUAUACAAGGCGACCGCAUGAGGGUGGACGGUACGAAUAUCGUUCGCAACAGAGGAGAGAUGUGCAAGAAAAGGUACAUGUAGCACCUUCAUCGAACGCCAUUCCAAACACUGAAGCGGUCUCCGCUCCCGCCGAAUGUGAACCUGAACAAUCUGUCGAAGUUAGACGAGCUGACAGGUUUCCAAAAGGUAGCAGUGCCGUUCGUCAGCAUCAGAGAGGCCGCGGCCGUUGGAGAAGAGACGGAUCAAGAGGUCGAGGUGAUCAAAAUCAACGAACUAGGCUAGAAAAUUUGUAG